AUGGCGACGAACCGACAUGUGCUUUGGCUGGUGCUUGCCGCUGUGAUUUUCGAUUACUCUUUCGUGACGAUGAUGCGAGUAUGUCUUCCCUUCCAUGCGAAGGCUUUGGGUGGCUCCAGCACCAUGAUCGGGAGCUUGGAGACUGUCUAUGGCCUCGGCCAAUGGAUCGGUGCCAUCGUGCUGCCUCGGCUCUCGGACAAAUGGGGGAGGAAGGUGAUUCUGGUCUUGUGUAGUGCCUGUGCAGCAUGUGGCUACGGGCUGGCUUUGCUGGGCCUGACCCUGGCCAGCCCUGGGCUGCUUCUGAUCAGCCGGCUCCCGGUGGGCCUGGCGAAGCAGACGGUCACCGUCAGCCGCGCAGUGGUCGCGGACUGCACAGAGGCCACUGGCGACCGCUCGCGGUGGAUGGCCUACCAGUGCACUGCCCUUGCGACCGGCUGCACGAUUGGACCUCUGCUGGCCUCCCAGGAGGCCCUCGGGGAGUUCGGCCCCAUCGCCCUAGCCGCUGCCGUCUUUGCCGUGAUCGCCCCUGCCAUGGUGCUGGUGCUUCCGGAAACCGCCCCGCAGAGGAACGAGAAAGAGAGCCAGGUUGCUCGAGUACCCCUCUGGCAGCAGAAUGAGGUGCUGAUGAUCUUGCUGCUCCUCGCCCUUCCCGAGCUUGGUUUGGUCUCGCACCAGGGCGUGGCGCUGAACACCUACUCUAUGAAGAUUGGCAUGGGCUGCUUGCCAUGCGGAAAGCCCUGGAUCGCCAAAGUGAACUCGGCCUCCGCCGUCCUACAGGCUGUGGUCGCUGGCACUGUUUGCGCCAGCUUAGCCCGCCGCGGGUGGAGCGAUACCACGUUAAUGCAGCUUGGCUGUGGCAGCUUCGCUGCCGCCUCCCUGGCGAUUUUCUUCUGGCAGAGCCCCGAAGCGAUCGUGGCUUCUGCGCCCCUCGCCGCUGCCGCCAACUCGGUGCUGCGAAGUUUUCCCGCAGCGUUGCUGAGCAAAGAAGUGCCGGAGCAGCGGCAAGGCGAAGCGAUGGGCUUGCUAGAUGUGUGCUCCUCUGCCCUUCGCGUGGCCGCACCUGUCUUGGCCGGGCUGCUUAUGGACAGCUUCGGCGGGCCUUCCGCGUUCCUUUUCCAAGCGGUUCUGUUCCUCGCGGCCGUGGUGGGACUGACGUUGCGGCAGCG